CAGGUGAGCCACAGGUAAACAAGAAAUGAAAGCUGGAGUGCGCUGGAAGACACGGGCGGGGAGGUGUUCGCCGGGACGCUCACGUGUUUUCCAGCCUGAUUGGUGGAUUGCCGCGCAGCCCAGCCAUGUAACGCCGGCCCGUCACGGAGAAAGUCUCGGCGGGCGCGGGACAGGAUGGGCGUGUGGGCGGAGUGGUGGUGGUGGUGCGCCAGGCCGGGUCGUCUGCCCCGCGCCGCCCCCCUCUCCAUCCUCCUCGCCACCGUCCUCACCCUCAUCUCCCUCCUCUUCUUCCUCAAUGCCAAAGCACUCAACCGCCACCCGUCGCCGCGCCAUCUCCUUGACCUCGAGGACCACGACAUGGAGGGCGCGCCGCAGCACCACCCGGAGCUUAUCACCUACAUCAGGCAGCUGCACCUCCUGCCGCCAGCCCCGGGGCCCUACCAGCUCCAGCAGCCCAACGCCUCGGACUUCUCGCAGAACGGCCAGAGCAGACGAGUAGCGAGCAUACUGGGUGGGAAGCGCGGCGGGGUCUUCCUGGAGGCUGGGGCUUAUGACGGGGAGGCCCUGAGCAACACCCUGUACCUGGAGAGGGAGCUCGGGUGGCGCGGGUUGCUGGUGGAGCCCGACCCGUGGAACUUCUGGGCGCUGCGUAAGAGGGGAAGGAAAGCACACGCGAUCCAGGCCUGUCUCUCCCCUAACCCCUUCCCGAAAGAAGUGACGUUCAGGCAGAGUGACACCAUGGGCAGGAUAGCAAGCAUGGGGGAGGAGGGCAGCCAGAGAGGGAUCUACACCAGGGUCAAGUGCUUCCCCCUCUUCUCCCUCCUCCUCGCCCUCAACACAACGCACCUCAACUUCCUCUCCCUGGACAUAGAGGGCGCUGAGUUGCAGGUGCUGCAGACGGUGCCGUGGGAGAUGGUGCAGGUGGACGUGGUUUGUGUGGAGCACCGGCAUGUACCUGAGGGGAGCCAGGCCCUGCGGGAGUACCUGGAGGGGCGCGGCUACCUGCUACACUCCACCCUCGGCGACGACUACAUCUUCGUGCGGCGGGACCUGACGCACGACCCCGCUGACGGCUUGUGACGGGCGUGUGUGUGUGUGUGUGUGUGUUUCCGACCGAGUGUUAUCUUUCUCACGCCCACUCUUUUUUGUUUGUUUGUUUUUGUUUACCUGUAUUGUUCUUGUGUUUCGCCUGUUCUGUUCUCUUUUUAGGGGACGCGGCCGUGUUUCUUUUUUUUUUCUUUCUCGUUUUCGUUAGUAAGUUGAUUAAAAGUUAUUGAAUAUUGGUAGUAUUAAAGUUAUUGUUAUGAUU